UAAACAAACCUAAGUCUAUUCCCAUUACCCUUUUCUACAUUAAAAUAUUUAAUAGCACUCUUAAAAAAAUUCUAUAUAUUUUUCAAGAUCAAUCAACCAACUAUUUAUAUGCUUAGUUCCUCCAAAAUUUUAACAACUCAUUCUCAAAAACCUCCGUGUAUUUCCAUUGUAACAUCAUUUUUAACAUUUUGUCAACUUUUUCUUGAUCUUAUGGCUGAAGAAACAAAGCAAACUUUCUUGAAUUUUUCUUUGAAAAAUAUGAUAAACCCUAAAGUGCAACAAGAUUAUCAAGAUUGUUAUAAUGUUUGCGAAUCGAUAUCGUCGUCAUCGGGUGAAUCUAACUACAUGGGAGAAGAUUCAACAAACUCAGUUGGAUCUUGUUCUUCUUUUUCUUCAACAGAUUUAGUUGAAGAUGCAUCUUCUUCUUCUUCAGCAUCAUCUCCAUCAUCAUCAUCUCAAGCUAAUGAUGGACCUUUGUAUGAAUUAUCAGAGCUAAUGGCCCAACUUCCCAUCAAGAGAGGUUUAUCGAAGUUUUAUAAAGGGAAGUCGCAAUCUUACACAUCGUUAGCAAGUGUGAAGAGCAUAGAAGAUCUUGCAAAGAAAGUGAAUCCUUAUAAUAAUAGAUCUAAAUUGAAGUCUUGCAAGAGCUUUGCUGUUUUAGAUUCUAAUAGAUCAUUUGGUCCUAAGGCGACCAUUUCUAAAAAGGUUCAUUCAAGAGCUUUUUUCUGUAAUUUUUAGGUAAUUGGAGAUGUUCGUGAUAAUUUAGUUAUUGGUUGAUGUUUAAUUAGAGAUUUUCAUUCUUGUAAAUAUGCAAGAACUGUAUUUUUUUACAACAAACUUGCAUAUGGUUUCUGUUGCUA